AUGCCAUCUCCCCCUCCUUUUAUCUCUCUCAAAUUCACAUAUAAAGCGAGUAAGAAGGAGAAGGAAAGUCUUUUAGUAUAUUCACACUUUUGCAGAUAUCCAAUUCGCAACCGUAUAUUAAAAUAUUCCAACAAUUUAAAGACUUUACUCCAUUUUCACCUUUUUGCGUGGCUAAACUACAUAACUGGCCAUUUUUAUUUCACCACAACGUCACCCUUUUAUUGGGUAACAAAGGGCACGAAAUUCCACGUAACAUAUUCUGCAGGAAAACUCACUUGUAGGUUUUUUUUCAGUUUAAUUUAGUCUACAAACCUGUUUCUUUUUUUUUUG